AGAAAUGAAUGUUCUCUCUCAUCAGACUCCAAAUCGCAUAGUCGCAUCUGCUCUGUAUCUCCUUCCCCUUCCUCCCGCCUCCUCCUCCUCCUCCUCCUCUUAAAACCCUCCGACAAAACCACCAUCUUCUACUUGUACCACCACCACUAGUCGGAGGCGCCUCUACCAACUACCUCUCCUCCGCUGCUGCUAUUACCGUAAAGAGAUGACGACAUUAACAGCAAACGGUUCUUCAUGGCAACCACAAGAGCAAGGGAUCAAGGAGAUUUGCGGAUUAUUAGAGCAGCAAAUAUCACCUGUUUCAACUUCUGAUAAAACUCAGAUUUGGCAGCAGCUGCAACAUUACUCUCAGUUUCCCGAUUUCAAUAACUACCUUUCGUUCAUUUUGUCUCAUGCUGAAAUAAAACCUGUUGAAGUUCGUCAAGCUGCUGGCUUACUUCUGAAAAAUAAUCUUAGAACUGCUUUCAAAACUAUGGCCCCAGCUAAUCAGCAAUAUAUGAAAUCAGAGCUGCUGCCUUGUCUUGGAUCACCUGAUAGGCACAUCCGUACAACUGCUGGGACCAUAAUUAGCGUUAUUGUGCAGCUUGUGGGAGUUAUUGGUUGGCCUGAGCUGUUGCAGGCUCUCUUAACUUAUUUAGACAGUACUGAUCUCAAUCAGGUCGAAGGAGCUAUGGAUGCUUUAUCAAAGAUUUGUGAAGAUAUACCUCAAGUGCUCGAUUCGGAGGUUCCAGGAAUGCCUGAACGCCCAAUCAACAUCUUCCUUCCAAAACUGUUCGAGUUUUUUCGAUCAACACAUGCCAUGCUGAGGAAGCUUGCAUUGAGUUCAGUCAAUCAGUACAUUAUGUUGAUGCCCUCUUUUCUGUAUAUGUCAAUGGACCAAUACCUCCACGGCUUGUUUCUUCUUGCUAAUGACCCUGCUCCAGAGGUGCGGAAACUGGUCUGUUCGGCUUUUGUUCAGCUUGUUGAAGUUAAGCCUUCGUUUCUUGAGCCCCAUUUGAGGAAUCUCAUAGAAUACAUGCUGCAAGUCAAUAAGGAUGGUGAUGAUGAAGUGGCGCUUGAAGCUUGUGAAUUUUGGUCUGCUUAUUGUGAUGCACAAUUGCCACCUGAGAAUUUGAAGGAGUUUGUACCUCGGCUUAUUCCUAUUUUGCUGUCAAAUAUGGCUUAUGCCGAUGACGACGAGACAAUAACUGAAGCAGAGGAGGAUGAGUCUGUACCUGACCGCGAUCAGGAUUUGAAGCCUCGGUUUCAUUCAUCACGUCUUCAUGGCUCAGACGAGUUGGAGGAAGAUGAUGAUGUUGUCAAUGUAUGGAACCUACGAAAAUGUAGUGCAGCUGCUAUGGAUAUUCUCUCCAAUGUGUUUGGGGAUGAGAUUCUUCCUACACUAAUGCCUUUAAUUCAGGCUAAUCUCUCAGCUAGUGAUGAUCAGUCCUGGAAACAGAGGGAAGCUGCUGUUUUAGCCAUCGGUGCUGUGGGAGAGGGCUGUAUUAAUGGUUUGUACCCUCAUCUCUCAGAGAUUGUUGGCUUUCUCAUUCCUCUGUUGGAUGAUAAAUUUCCUCUUAUUCGGAGCAUUUCUUGUUGGACGCUUUCUCGCUUUAGCAAAUAUGUUGUUCAGGGCAUUGGCGAUCAAAACGGCACCGAACAGUUCGAGAAGGUAUUAAUGGGUCUUCUACACAGAAUACUGGACCCUAACAAACGUGUACAGGAAGCUGCUUGUUCAGCUUUUGCAACACUUGAAGAGGAAGCUGCUGAAGAGCUGGCACCACGCUUAGAAAUAAUAUUGCAGCACUUGAUGUGUGCAUUUGGAAAGUACCAGAAAAAGAACUUGAGGAUUGUUUAUGAUGCUAUUGGAACUUUAGCGGAUGCUGUUGGAGGGGAGCUAAAUCAGCCUAGGUAUCUAGAAAUCCUAAUGCCCCCGCUGAUAUCAAAGUGGCAGCAACUUUCCAGUUUUGAUAGGGAUAUUUUCCCAUUGCUUGAGUGCUUCACAUCCAUAGCACAGGCAUUGGGUCCAGGAUUUUCUCAGUUUGCUGAGCCUGUAUUUCAGAGGUGCAUUAACAUUAUCCAGACGCAACAAAUGGCAAAGGUCAAUCCAACUUCUACUGGGGUUCAAUACGACAGAGAGUUCGUUGUUUGCUCUCUUGAUCUGCUUUCUGGACUCGUAGAAGGCCUUGGGAGUGGCAUAGAGAGUUUGGUAUCACAGAGUAUCUUGAGAGAUCUGCUUUUGCAAUGUUGUAUGGAUGAUGCUCCCGAUGUCCGGCAGAGUGCUUUUGCACUUCUUGGUGACCUUGCGAGAGUUUGUCCUAUUCAUCUUCGCCCUUGUUUGCCGCAGUUUUUAGAUAUCACAGCAAAGCAAUUGGACAUUUCCAAGCUGAAAGAUACGAUUUCCGUAGCAAACAAUGCUUGUUGGGCAAUUGGCGAAUUAGCAGUGAAGGCUCAGCAAGAUAUUUCACCAGUUGUAAUGACAGUCAUCUCUUCCCUAGUUCUAAUACUUCAACAUGCACAGGAGCUUAAUAAGUCGCUUACAGAGAAUGCUACAAUUACGCUUGGAAGAUUUGCCUGGGCUUGUCCUGAGCUUGUAUCUCCGCAUAUGGAACAUUUUAUGCAACCAUGGUGCAGUGCUUUGGCCAUGAUACGCGAUGACAUCGAAAAGGAAGACGCUUUUCGAGGUUUAUGUGCGAUGGUUAAAAUGAAUCCUAAUGGAGCUUUGAGUUCACUUCCCGUCUUGGUGAAAGCAAUUGCUAGCUGGCAUGAAAUUAAAAGCCCGGAUUUGCAUAGUGAAGUAUGUCAGGUGUUGCAUGGAUAUAAACAGAUGCUUGGAAAUGGACAAUGGGAGCAAUGUAUAUCAUCUUUGGAACCGCCAAUGAAGGAAAAGUUACUCAAGUAUCAGAUAUAAUGAGUUUGUUGGGUAUUGAAUGGAGACAGGCGUCUCACUGUCUUGACAGUAAGAGAGUUUGCUACUGCAUUGUACUUGUGAGUCUUCUAUCAUAUCUUAAGUCUCGUAUGGCUCUAGUGUUUGAUUCUUUGUGCGCCAAGACUGGUGGUUGCAAUUUUAGGCAAGGCAACAUAUAUCGUGCCCAGGUAUGCUGAUGGGUCAUAUUUCCAACUAUGAGCAAGUGAAUAUAAGCUUGGCGUGGGACAUACAUGUGUCAACUGGUUAUAUUAGCUUUGGUUUAGGGUUGUCUUCUCCUUCCUAUAUUAGGAUAGAAGGCAAUGUAUUAUGUAUUGUGUACAUUCUCCACAUUUGAGGGUAAUUCUUUUUCCCCCCAUUCAUUUGAUAACGUUAUACCAGUUUCCUACGAGUUUUGAUGUACCUAUUCGCGUCUGAUAAGUUUUGAUGUACGUAGUCCUACAAUCAACAUUUUUGUCUUUGGUUACAAACCAUAUUGGGAUGGGUGUUUUGAUCAAGAGUGCAACUUAUUGCAUUAGUUUUGGUCUAGUCUCUGGUUACUAUUCUUCAAGGUUCCGAGAUAUUGUUCAAAGUGUAAUGUGAUAUUACAUUUUAUUCACUUGUGAUAAAAAAAAUCUUCAUUUAUUUUGUUGACCA